GCGGCGGCGGCGGUGGUGGUGGCGGUGGUCGGUGCGGGAGGAGGGAGGGGAGCUAGCGGGCCAGAGAGAGGGGCGACGGCGACGGCGGCGGCGGUGGCGGUGGCGGCGGUCUGAGGAGGCCUGGGCGGCGGUGGAGGCACAGGCGGAGGCCGAAGCGGAACCUGGAGAGGUGUGGCUGGACCAAGACCUCCCCUGAUGUAAGCAGGCUCCAUCCUCCCCCUACCACCCAUUGCCACCACGUCAGGGGACGGCCUCAAGCCCUGGCCCUCAGAGGAGAGGUAACAGGAGCCCAGAACCGAGACCAUGUGACGGCGCUGGCCCUUGCCACCGCCGUCCCCCCACCCUGGCCCCAGGCCUGGCACCAUGAUGUUCCGAGACCAAGUGGGCAUCCUCGCUGGCUGGUUCAAGGGCUGGAAUGAAUGUGAGCAGACAGUGGCCCUGCUGUCACUUCUGAAGCGGGUUACCCGUACCCAAGCCCGCUUUCUGCAGCUCUGCCUGGAACACUCAUUGGCAGACUGCAGUGACAUCCAGCUGCUGGAGUCAGAGGCCAACAGCGCUGCCAUCGUCAGCCAGUGGCAGCAGGAGUCCAAAGAGAAGGUGGUGUCCCUCCUGCUAUCCCACCUGCCCCUGCUUCAGCCAGGCAACACGGAGGCCAAGUCGGAGUACAUGAGACUGCUGCAGAAGGUGCUGGCCUACUCUAUUGAGAGCAAUGCCUUCAUCGAGGAGAGCCGCCAGCUCCUCUCCUAUGCCCUCAUCCAUCCAGCCACCACGCUGGAGGACCGAAACGCGCUUGCCCUCUGGCUGAGCCACCUGGAAGAACGGCUGGCUAGUGGUUUCCGCACCCGGCCUGAGCCCUCCUACCACUCACGCCAGGGCUCUGAUGAGUGGGGAGGACCUGCAGAGCUAGGUCCUGGAGAGGCAGGGCCAGGCUGGCAGGAUAAGCCCCCCCGAGAAAACGGACAUGUGCCCUUUCACCCAUCCAGCUCAGUGCCGCCCGCCAUCAACAGUAUUGGGAGUAACGCAAACACAGGUCUCCCCUGCCAAAUCCACCCUAGCCCACUGAAGCGCUCCAUGUCACUCAUCCCUACAAGCCCCCAGGCCCCUGGUGAGUGGCCGAGUCCAGAGGAGCUUGGGGCCCGGGCUGCUUUCACCACGGCCGACCACGCACCCCUUUCGCCGCAGAGCAGUGUGGCCUCCUCUGGCAGUGAGCAGACGGAGGAGCAGGGCUCCAGCCGCAACACUUUCCAGGAGGAUGGCAGCGGGAUGAAAGAUGUGCCCUCGUGGCUCAAGAGUCUGCGCUUACACAAGUAUGCUGCUCUGUUCUCACAGAUGAGCUAUGAGGAAAUGAUGACCCUGACUGAGCAACACCUGGAGUCACAGAAUGUCACCAAAGGUGCCCGCCACAAGAUAGCCCUGAGCAUCCAGAAGCUGCGCGAGAGGCAGAGUGUCCUCAAGUCCCUAGAGAAGGAUGUGCUGGAAGGCGGGAAUCUGCGGAAUGCUCUGCAAGAGCUGCAGCAGAUCAUCAUCACCCCCAUCAAAGCCUACAGUGUCCUUCAGGCCACUGUGGCUGCUGCUGCCACCACCCCUACUGCCAAGGAUGGGGGUCGGGGGGAGCCACUGCUGCCAGGUGCUGAGCCACCCCUCACCCACCCUGGAACAGACAAGGGCACUGAGGCCAAGGACCCUCCGGCUGCAGAGAACUAUCCUCCUCCACCAGUUCCAGCUCCCUCUGAUAGCAGCGAGCCAGCCCCAGCUCCUGUUGCCGAUGGCGACAUCCCCAGCCAGUUUACACGGGUGAUGGGCAAAGUGUGCACCCAGCUGCUGGUGUCCCGACCAGAUGAGGAGAAUAUCACCAGUUACCUCCAGCUCAUCGAAAAGUGCCUGACUCACGAGGCUUUCACAGAGACGCAGAAGAAGCGGCUGCUGUCCUGGAAGCAGCAAGUGCUGAAGCUUCUCCGGACAUUUCCACGCAAGGCUGCUCUGGACGUGCAGAACUACCGGCAACAGAAGGGCUGGGCAUUCGGCUCCAAUUCGCUCCCCAUAGCUGGCUCUGUGGGGAUGGGGGUGGCCAGGCGAACCCAGCGGCAGUUCCCAAUGCCUCCUCGGGCCCUCCCACCUGGCAGGAUGGGCCUCCUGAGCCCUUCAGGCAUUGGGGGAGUUUCCCCUCGACAUGCCCUCACCAGCCCCAGCCUUGGGGGCCAGGGCCGACAGAACCUGUGGUUUGCCAACCCUGGAGGCAGCAACAGCAUGCCCAGCCAGAGCCGCAGCUCCGUGCAGCGCACCCACUCGCUCCCGGUCCAUUCGUCACCCCAGGCCAUUCUCAUGUUCCCUCCAGACUGCCCGGUUCCUGGGCCUGACCUGGAGAUCAAUCCCACCCUGGAGUCUCUGUGUCUGAGCAUGACAGAACACGCCUUAGGUGAUGGGACAGACAAAACCUCCACCAUCUGACGGGACCCACAGCCCAGCGCACCCAUAGGCUCCCCGGGCGGCGGGCGGGGCCAUCCCCCAACGGGCUUCUCCUCGGCAGCAAAAGGGUGGGCUGGCACAGCUAUACAUUCUAGUAUUUUUCUACUCUCUCAUCCUUUUAACUUUUGUUUAACAUUGGCACAUGCCUUGCUCACUCCUAGGCCCGUUGAGGGAUCUCGGCUGAGGCCAGGGAAUAGAGGGGGCAGCCAGGAUAAAGGGGGCAAGGACCAACCAGACUGCCUGCCCCUUCCCUCCCAAAUCCCCCACUGGCCCCAUCCCACCCCUGCCUCUUCCAGACUGCUGACACCUGUCCCUCUCUGAGGGAGCAGACCCCUAGAGACAAACCUUGUGCAGCCUGCUCAGAAACAUGACAAUGGGGGAAUGAGCAGUGUGGACAGCCUGCUCGCCACUAUGUCACUGGAGAGGAGCCCUCUCCCCUGCCCCUACUCUUCCCCAUUCUGCCAUUCCCUGGGACAGGCGCCAUCUUCCUCCCCUCUUGCCCUGUUUAUCAGAGGUUCUCUAAAAUUAAUUUCUUAGGCCUAUUUAAGAUACAUAUUUAUAUAGUUCUUAACGGUUUUUCUCUGAUCAUUCCCUGUCAUUUUUAGAGUCCCCAGGCCUUUCUCUGAGCCAGGACAGUGGCAGGGGGAGCCUGAACUUUGAGGGGAGAGGGCAGAGCCCCCUCCUCCAGUCCCCCUUGCCCUUCCCCAAUCCCAGCCCCCAGAUGCAGAGGUUGAAGGUGGGCAGCCUGGACAGCGGUGAGGUCAGGAAGUCUGUUGCCUUAAUGUCCCCUUCCUCCACUGAUACACCCUUCUCAAUCCUCAGGUCUGUUGGUGAUAGACUUGGGGGUAGGAACCCAAGAAAGGGGAUUGUUCGGUUUUUGGUUUUUUUCCCACCCCUCUUUCUUUCAACCUCUCCUACCCCCCCCCGCCCCCCUGUUAUGUCAUGACCUCAUGUAAGUGGAACACUAUAUCAUAACCCAGAGGUGCAGCCUGGCCCGAGUCAUACAAACCCUUUGCUCCCUUGUUAUUGAUGAGGGCUGGUGCUGGGGCCCAGGUGGAGGGAGGGGAUUUGGGGGUUCAGAUUGUGGGGAAGCCAUGGUUCCCCUAUUCCAACCCCUUUUGCCCCCCUCAUUGGGACAUUCUCAAGCUUUUCACACCGAAAAGGAAAAAAAAUGUUAUUUUUAGAUACAUUUUAUGAAUAACUUUUGUUAUGAAUAUGGCUGGUAACCAUUGUGUAUGUUAUUAAAGAUACAAAAUGUUGGGGAAAAAAAAAAAAUUGAAAACCACAGUCCUCCCUGCACUGUCAGCCCAUCCCCUAGACCUUGCCCCUGCCUCCUGGUCCCUCCCCUGCUCUGAGCCCAGCGAGGGAGAACCCAGGGGGUAGAGUGGCCCUGGGGACCUGCAUCUGGUCCCCACCUCCUCCCAGUGCCGGGCUGGGCGGGGUGUCAGGUGUAUUUAUGUACCUCUUGCACACUCAUCAACCUAUGCAAGUCCCCACCCCGGCCCUCCAGGUUUCUGUGCCUUUGCUCAUUCCCCUCAAGCUCCCGGGCUUCUCCAGCCCCUCCCAGUAGCCGUGGGAAGCGGGGUGAACAGCCACCUGUUUGGAAUAAAGCAGGAUGUCCCUCUCACAGGACCCUCACCUCCCCCAGCCGGUCCAGUCUUGUCUUGUUCACUCCCCAUCAGGGUGACUGACCCUGCCUGGCACUGGAAGGUGGUGAGGGAUACCUUCCCCCAGAGGGAGGUGAGAGCUACCCCCCACCUGACAGCAGAGUGUAGGACGCAGGCGGCCGCACUCUGACAGGCAGGACCCUGACCCUCCCAGCUCCCCAGGCCCCUCCAUGGUUUCCCUCCCCACCCACUUCUGUCCCCAGCCCCACUGGCAGAAUCAGCUUUGAGUAACUGUACAUUUUUCUCGCUGUUGGAGAAGACUUAUUUGUUGGAGUUUCAAUUGUUUAAUGGUCUGGGCUUAUUUUGGAAAA